GUAAAGAGAUUAAGCGUGAACGCGCAGCUCGCUCCCGUCUCCUCCAUCUAUCCGCGGGGACAUGACGGCCCAGUCUGUGCGCUCUCUGUCCGGAUUGCUGAAGCCUCUGCUCAGACACCGGGUGCCGAAGGUCUACAGUGCUGCAACAUGUAAACAGAAACACACUUACACGACCAUACCUCCACCCGCUAAGUAUGGAGGCAGACACACAGUGACUCUGAUUCCUGGCGACGGCAUCGGACCGGAGCUGGCCAACCACGUGAGAGCACUAUUCCGGUUCUGCUGUGUGCCGGUGGACUUUGAGGUUGUCAAUGUGGACUCGACUAAGGCCUCAGAAGAUGACAUCAGUAACGCCAUAAUGGCCAUCAGACGCAAUGGAGUGGCACUGAAAGGAAACAUUGAGACCAACCACAACUUGCCACCUUCCUAUAAGUCCAGAAACGGCCUGCUCCGUACCACUCUAGAUCUCUAUGCCAACGUGAUGCACUGCCAGUCUCUGCCAGGAGUGAGGACGCGACACCGAAACGUUGACAUCAUGAUCAUCAGGGAAAACACAGAGGGAGAGUACAGCAGCCUGGAGCAUGAGAGCGUACCGGGCGUCGUUGAGUGUCUGAAGAUCAUCACCAGGACCAAAUCUUUACGCAUCGCUGACUACGCUUUUAGAACGGCUCGAGAGAAAGGACGCGGUCGAGUCACAGCUGUGCACAAAGCCAACAUCAUGAAGUUGGGUGAUGGCCUCUUUCUGGAGUGCUGUAAGGAAGUUGCCAGUGGUUACCCUGAAAUCACCUUUGAUAGCAUGAUUGUGGACAACACCACCAUGCAGCUGGUUUCUAAGCCUCAACAGUUCGACGUGAUGGUCAUGCCCAACCUGUAUGGCAACGUUGUGAGCAAUGUGUGUGCCGGGUUGGUGGGCGGACCGGGCCUGGUGCCUGGGGCCAACUAUGGAGACGACUACGCUGUGUUUGAGACGGGCACCAGGAACACCGGGAAGAGCAUCGCAAACAGGAACACAGCAAACCCCACGGCCAUGCUGCUGGCCUCCUGUCUGCUGCUGGACCACCUGAAGCUCCACGCCUACGCCAACAUGAUCCGCAGAGCCAUCCUGUCCACUGUCACCGAGGCACGGCUGCACACUGCUGACCUGGGAGGACAAGGCUCCACGUCUGAAGUGGUCCAGUCCAUCAUGAAUGCUGUUCAGAGCACCGGACCCCGCACACUGAGCAUCCAGGAGCCAGACACCACUCAGCACGGAUAAUUAUAACCGUGUGCAGUAGAUGAUAUGUAUUAUAUAACUGCACUGUGUGGUUUUUAUUUAAUCUAAAGGUUCUGUAGUUUAUAAAGCCCCAUUUUUGAAGCUGAGAUACAUAACAACACUAUAUUAUAGACAGAUUCCUGAGCACUUUAUUUCCAUCUAUACUUUCUGUAAACUUACCAUCAUAAUGUUUACUGAAUGAAUCUGCUGCACCUGUUACAGUUCCACUCAAUCUUUUAUGUGUUUUAGUUUCAGUUAGUUAUCAUUGAGUGAGACUAUUUCUCUUUCAAGCAUUUUAACAUGAAUGUAUCUGGAGAAGGUUUGGACCAUUAAAUGUUGAGAUGCUUCGAAAGUCAGAGUUUGGCUUUGAAUCAACUUGGUGCACUGGCUCAUCUGGGCCACAUGGAGGCCACGCUGUCCACAACCACAGCGUCUGGUGUUUCGCUGAAUGAAAGUAGCUCAUUUAAUAACUUAUCUGUCCCAGGAGUAGGAGGACCCCUUAGCGUCUGUAGCAGGCCUGGAGUGAAGAAAUGCAGGCCAUACUACUAGUAGCACAGGUUCAGUUAUUCAAUGAUAAAAGGUCAGCAUUCAGAGAUUGUUUUCCUCAGUUUAGUGCCCUUACAACAGAAAACAGACCCUUCUUAAGUUUUUGUAGGAAAUGUUAAACAAGUUCAAACAGUGCUAACUGAACGUUAAUAAAUGAAGGUUGGGCAGA